AUCACUCACUCUAUAAGUAUUGUCUCACUCUUUCAACUAAGCAUCCCCUUACUCUCUCAUGUGAAUGGUGAAUUGAGCUUGGCAGGCUGAAAAGAAAAAGAAUAAACACCGAUCGAACAGAGAAUUUCGGAGAGGUGUCCAAUUCACUUCAUUUUCCGUAGAGUUAAAUCAUGAGCUCCAAUGACGAAGUUUCAGAUGACCACACAAUUCAGAUUAUAUCACCACAAGAUCAUACUCCUAAUCAAAAUCAUGAGCAAACUCCAGUUGCCACUUCAACAAACCCACCGACACCAAGACAUGAAAGUAGAGGAGUGAAUCAAAUGACUCCAGAAGAGCUGAGUUCUUUAAAAGAAGAUCUGACGAGAUAUAUAAGGCGGAAUGAUCAUGGGGGGCUCGAAUUAAAAUUGAUAAUUGAUAAAUGUGCUGAUAUAGUACGCAUUCCGUUAAAUGAUAGGGGAGACACAGCUCUUCAUGUAGCAGCAGCAGCAAGUGAAUGUAGGAGACUUGAAACUGUGAAAGAGUUGGUUCAACAUAUGAGCCCAGAAGACAUGCUAAUACGAAACUUAUAUGGGACGCUUCCAGUUCACUUGGCUAUUUUAUAUGGCCGCAACGAAAUGGUGCAAAUUUUGUUAUCUCAGGAAGUGCUUGACAAAAUGGAUUCGGAGGAUAUUGAACGACUGUUUUUCAUGACCAUUAGGGUCGACAUGUUUGAUUGUGCAAUGCAAUUAUUUGAAAAACAUCCAACUGAUCUGGCCAUUGCAAGAAAUGAAGAGCAGCUUACAGCAUUGCAUAUGCUGGCGCGAAAGCCUCCAAAAAUUUUAGGGGGCAACAAGGAAUCAAAAGCUGAUGAGCUACUUCAAAAAUUAUGGACUCAAGUUAACCAAUUGCCACGCGAAUGGAUAAUGAACUUGAUAACUCAUCCUUGGUCAGUGCAGUUUGAGGCAGUAAAAUCAGGAAAUGUUGAGGCUUUAAUGAUUCUUAUUGACAAGAACCGUGAAUUACUGACAAUAAAGGACCCCGAAAAUGGACGGAACCUACUGCACUUGGUUGUGCUAUUUCGACAAGAAAGAAUGUUUAGAAGAAUAUUUGGAUACGAAGACCGUAUAAUAGCAGUGGAAGUGGAUAAUCAAGGUAACAACAUUCUACACUUUGCUGCGCAUCUUCCAGUUGAAUUCCAAGAAUUGUCCAGUUUAAGAGCAAGCAUUCAAAUGCAAAGAGAGCUCGAAUGGUUCCAGUUCGUGGAGUUGCAAGUUCCUCUUGAACUAAGAAUAAUGAGAAACAACAUGGGCAGGAGACCAAUUGAUGUAUUUUAUGAAGAACACAAGAAGUUAUCCGAAGAAAUUAAAGAUGCAGGCAAAGGAAUAUCCGAAUCUGGCAUGCUCGUAGCAGCACUUGUUGCUACGUAGCAUUUGCGGCUGCUCUGACUGUUCCAGGUGAUAAGACCAAU